ACACAAUAACGCAAUGGAGCUUCUGUGGCAUCUUGCUUUGUCGCUGCACUUCCUUCUCUUUUUUCAUCACUCACUCUUUUCAUCAUUCUUACUUACAAACUGCUUACCUUCGAAUCAUUUAACCACUAAUGAGUGUCAUGAAGACGAAAGCAACGCCUUAUUGAAGUUUAAGGAAAGUUUUGUGAUCAGCAAGUCCGCUUCUCAAAAUCCAUUCAGUUAUCCUAAAACUGCUUCUUGGAUUCCAACUACAGAUUGCUGCUCAUCAUGGCAUGGCGUCGAAUGCGACGAGCUCACAGGUCAUGUGACUGGCGUUGAUCUUAGUAGCAGCCAGCUUUAUGGUUCCAUGGACGGCAAUAGCACCAUUUUCUCACUUGCUCAUCUUCAAAGCCUUGAUCUUUCUGACAACAACUUCAAUCACUCUCAAAUUCCAGCCAGGACAGGUGAGCUUUCACAGCUAAGGCAUCUGAAUCUUUCUCAAACCACAUUCUCUGGCGAAGUCCCUCAUGAGUUUUCACAGCUGCCCAACUUGUUGUCUCUUGAUCUGCGCAGCUAUAUUGGUGUGGAUAAUCCCCAUGAUCCAAUCAACCAUUUAAGACUCAAGACAACCACACUAAGAUCCUUAAUUCAAAACUCAACUAGACUCAAAGAACUCCAUCUCUCUUUUGUGACUAUAUCGUCAUUUGUACCAAAUAUACUCACAAAUCUUACACAUCUGGAGCAACUAUCCCUUUCUUAUUGUGAACUAUAUGGUGAAUUUCCAAUUGGGGUGUUCCAUCUUCCAAAAUUAAGAGUUUUGAAUUUAGAGUACAACAAUAACCUCACUGGUAUGUUGCCUGAUUUUCACUCAAGUUCACUCAUCAGCUUAUUGAAUCUCAGAGGAACAAGUUUCCAUGGUUCUUUACCAGCAUCCAUUGGAAAUCUUAAUUCCUUGUAUUGGUUCUCAAUUUCAGAAUGCAGAUUUUAUGGUUCUAUUCCUUCUUCAAUAGGGAACCUCACUCAGCUUGAGUAUUUUAUGCUUGGAUACAAUAAAAUAAGCGGUGAAAUUCCAUAUUCUAUAGGAAACUUAACCAAUUUAGCAAACUUGAGUCUUGUUGAAAAUAAUCUUUCUGGUGAAAUCCCUUAUUCUCUCUUUGGCCUAGAGAACCUUGAAACUCUUGUUCUAGGGAAUAAUUUGUUGAAGGGACAAGUAGAGCUUGAGAUGUUUCUAAAGCUGAAAGUUCUAACUUAUCUUGAUAUAUCAUACAAUAAUUUGGUUUUGAUCACUAGGAAAGGUUCUUCCAACAAUCUAACGCUUCCUCCGAUUCAAGCGAUGGAUUUGGAUUUUUGCAACCUAACCGGUGAAAUCCCAUCAUGGAUGAUGAACCUAACUGCUUUAUUUUACUUGAGUCUUAGGCAAAAUAACCUUCAAGGUGAAAUCCCUCUCUCUCUCUUCAGACUAGAGAAUCUUGAAUCUCUGUCUUUAAGCAAUAAUUUUUUAGAAGGACGGAUAGAUCUUAACAUGUUUCUAAAUCUCAAAAACCUUAACUUUCUUACUUUAGCACAUAACAAACUGACUCUGGUCAGUGGAAAAAUUUCCUUCAAUAAUGCAACCCUUCCUCCAUUAGAUGUACUAGAUUUGGUUUCAUGCAAUCUAGAAGAGUUUCCAGUUCUUAUUCAAGAGCUGGAUGCACUAUCUUAUCUAGACAUGUCGUAUAAUGAUGUUAAGUCUAUACCUAAUUGGGUGUGGGAAAAAAGAAGUCUUGAAAGUUUGUCUGUUUCCCAUGGUUCAUUAACAGGAGAAAUAUCCACAUCCAUAUGCAAUCUAAAAUCACUUGUGUAUCUUGAUUUGUCCUACAACAACUUAAGUAGCGAGGUUCCUUCAUGCAUAGGAAACUUUAGCCAAUCUCUUCAAGCUUUAAUGCUACAAGGAAACAAAUUGGUUGGUCGUAUUCCUCAAACGUAUGCAGUUGGAAGUGCCCUUAAGAUUGUGGAUUUAAGUGAAAAUAAUUUACAGGGUCAGUUACCAAGAGCUUUGGUAAAUUGUAAAAUGCUAGAGUAUCUUAAUGUGGGUCAUAACCAAAUUAAUGAUUCAUUUCCCUUUUGGUUGAGCACUCUUACUGAGUUGAAAGUUAUCUCUUUGCGCCGUAACGAAUUUUAUGGACCUAUCAUGUGCCCAAAGCCAUGCACAUUUUCUAAGCUUCACAUCCUUGAUUUUUCUCACAACAAUUUCUCUGGAACUUUGCCUCUUGAAAUGAUCAAGAGUUGGAAAUCCAUGAUGUUGUCUAAUGUAAGUCAAUUGGCAUAUGAGGACAAUAAUAUACAUUUCAGUGGAAAAUCUUGGUUUAUUUACAUUGAUUAUGCUUUCACAAUGUCUAACAAAGGGAUUGUGAUGAAUUAUGAUGCACUUCAACAACUCUACUACAUGGUAGCCAUUGAUCUUUCAAGUAACAGAAUUUCUGGAAUAAUUCCGGAUGUCCUGGGCGAGUUGAAAAGUCUUGUCUUGCUCAACUUGUCCAAUAACAUGCUUUCUGGAAACAUUCCUUCUUCUUUGCAAAAGCUUUCAAACCUUGAAGCAUUGGACUUUUCUCUCAACAACUUGUCGGGAAACAUUCCACAGCAAUUAACAGAACUCACCUUUUUAGAGUUCUUUGAUGUGUCGUACAAUAAUCUUUCAGGUCCAAUACCAGAAAAUGGACAAUUUUCCACCUUCCAAGAAAGUUCGUUUGAGGGAAAUCAAGAAUUGUGUGGGAUUCAAUUGUUGAUGAAUAAAUGUGAAAAUCAUGGUAUGGGUUCACCGCCUCAGUCUGAUGGAGAUCAAGAUUCAGGAUCUUUGGUUCAAUUUGAUUGGAAAAUAAUUCUUAUUGGAUAUGGUGGAGGACUAGUUGCUGGAAUAUCUCUGGGAAAUGUUUUUUGUCCGAAUAUCCUUGCAUGGUUAUGGAGGAACUUUAUGGGAAGAAAUCUUGUCUUUUGAUUAGAUAGGUGUGUGCGCUCUAGCAUUUUUCAUUUGUCCUUAGUUUCUUUUAGAGUUCCUUUUAUCUUUUUCCUUUUCUUUUUCUUCUUUUUUAUUUUUUAUUUUUUUUUGGAUUAUUGUAAGAGUGAUGAAU